CAUGUUGAAAGAUAUUUUCAUUUUUCUUCAAUUAGCAAUACAUAUGUACUCUUUGCCAAGUGAAGAGGAUAAUCUCAUUAGAAAUAAUCCUUCUUAUCAAAGUACAACAAAUCUCGGCUCGUUAAUUAACGUUUAUUGGGCUUAUAAGGCCAAUGACGAUAGGAUUUUUUUUGGCCAUGUUAAUAAUAUAUACGAAGGUAGUUAUACAAGCAGAAACAUUCCUGAAAAAAGUUGGUGGAUGGUUGAUCUUCGUAAUUCUUAUGAAGUAACGUCUGUUUGCGUUGCGAAUAGAGCUGAAGAUGGACACUAUAAUGAUUAUUUAAAAAGUUUUAAAAUAUUCACAAAACUUCAUCCGAACGAUAAUGAAGGUAAAUAUUGCAAUGAACGUGGAUCUACACCAAUACCAAAGGCUAUACACAAUCCGGAAGUAGAUUAUGUAUGUUUCGAUUGUCCAUCAAAUCCAACUGGAUCAUUUGUUGAAAUAAUACAAACUAUAGUCGGCAGCCAUUUUGGUAUGUGUGAUGUUAAAAUCUUUGGAAAUUUAAAAUCGGAGAGAGACUUUCAAGUAAUCGAUCUAUCAAAUUCAAAAUUAUUUGAAAACCAUUUAAAUAUCAAUCAUUUAAGAGAUUUCAAUCUGGCGACUGAGUUUGAGAAGUCAUCUUCAAAAGAUAUAUUUUUUAGAAUUGAUUUUCAGAGUAUUAUAAAAGUUAAAGGAUUAAUGAUAAUUGGUUCCCAAUAUGAUGAUUCUGAGAUGAAAUUUACCAAUGUCUAUAUUUCUGUUAGCAACACACCACAUACAACUUUUAAUAGAAAUCUUGUAUUUCUUAUUGAAAAUUAUAUUCCAAAUGUAUUUGCCAAGUAUAAAACUCAUAAAUUGUUUUCAAAUACCACCGUUUCGGGAAGAUAUUUACUUAUGAAUAUUUAUAAUCCCAAUGUAUUGGAUUUUAAAAUAUCUAUGACAGAGCUCACCGUUUAUGGACAUACUGUUGGUCAAAUUAGAGGUUCAAAACUUCACGCCUACUGA